AUGUCGAGAACUAAAGUCGAGCGUAAAUAUAAUCCUGCUCAAUAUGAUUCUGCAUUUGAUUCACUUCCGAUUAAUUCUCGUCGAUGUGUUGUCUUUUCUCCUGACAAUCCAAAUAAGAAAUUAUGCCAUUGUAAUCGAGCUGCAAAUGAACAUCCUGAAAUAGAUAAUCAAUCGAGAGAGAAUGAACAAUGGCGAUUAGAUACUCAUACAAUUAAAGAACCUAACAAAGAACAAGGUGUUUGUUUAACUAAUGGAGCACCGUAUGUUCGAUGUGAUAUUGAAACUGAUCCAACUGUUGUUGAAACAAUUCUUUUGGAUAUUUGGAAGAUACCACGGCCAGCACUUUUAAUGCAAAUAAUUGGUGGACAUAAAUAUUUUAAAUUACAAGGAAAAAUGGGAGAUACUUUUCUUGAUGAUUUAGUGAAAUUUGUAAGCAAAUCAAACACUUGGUUACUUACAAGUGGAGCUAACGUUGGUAUUGUUCAACUUCUUGGACAGACAAUUCGCAAACGAAAAUUAACCAAACCACUAGAUAAAACCGUAGCAAUUGGUGUUUGUAAUUAUGGAUGUAUUAAAAAUAUAAAAGAUUUUCAACGAUUAGAACCAAAUAAUUUAUCUUUAAUUGAAAGUCAGGAUUUAAAAAAUGUGAAUCAAUGGCGAGCUGGUGAACAAAGUUUAGAAAUGAAUCAUACACAUUUUUUAUUACUUGAUGAUGGAACAAUUCGAUAUUUUGAUAUAGGUGAUUAUCGUACUCGUUUAGUAAAAACUAUUGCACAUAAACACACAAAUCAAACUUUACCAAUACCAAUUGUAACAUUAUUAUUCGAAGGUGGUGAAGAUUCAAUUCGAUCGAUCUAUAAUGAUCUUCGUAGAAAUAUUCCCAUCAUUAUUAUUAAUAAUACUGCUCGUAUUGCUGAUUAUCUUGUUCGAUGGUUAUCAAGAACAACAGAAAUGGAUCUUGAUGUUGAUUGGACAAAUCCAGUUGAUAUUAAUGAUUAUAUAAUAUCAAACAAUUCAAAUAAUUUAGAUUCUACUACGAAUCCAUCUAACAACUCUAAUCAAAAUCCUUUAUUCGUAAAAUUUGAAAAAUAUAUCGAUUCAAUGAGUGAUGAAUUAUUUCAAGCAAUCAAUGGUACUGAUCAAAAUCGUUCAAGAAAAAUUAUAAUAACAGAUAAUUUAAAAACAAUUAAUAAUAAUAUUCUUCUUAUGAUUCUAUAUUGUUUACAACCAAAAGUUCGAUCAAAAAUAAGUAUAUUUGAUUAUAAUAAAAAUGAAAAAUUAUCUGAAACAAUUCUUCGAAGUAUUUGUAAAUCUGUUGAAAUUAAAAUUCAUAAAAAGAAAUCAAAUUUAAAAAAAACUGAUAAUUUUAUACCACAUUUCGAUCAUCUACUUGAAUUAGCAAUUGAUUGGGAUUGUAUAAAUACAGCAAAAGAAUGGAUUGUUCAAGAUUCUCUCGAUAAUAUUUAUGAUAAAAAAUCUAUAUUUUUUCGAGCAUUAACAAAACAACGACAUAAAUUUGUUCAUUAUUUUAUUCAACUAGGAUCUGAAAUUGAUGAAAUAUUUUUUCAUCCAAAAUUAAAUCCAUUUGCUUCAAGAAAUAAUAAUAAACGUUAUCAAGAAUUCAUAUCAUUAUUAUACACUGAAGAAGCUAUUAAUCGUGAAGAUUGGUUACUUCGAAAUAUAAUUCAAACUACAAAUGAUCGAAAUGAAAAAAUAAUUUGUUCAACUGAUGAUCUUAAUCAAUUAUUUCGAGAUCUUAUUGGUGGUUAUAUCAAAAAGCUUUAUUAUGAUACACAAAUUGAAGAAGAAGAAGAUCGUAUGGGUAUUAAACAUUUUACAAAUAUAAUAUCACCAAUGCCUGAUAUUGAACAAGGACAAUUAGUUCAUACGGAAAUUAUUUAUAAACAAUUAGCAAAAGAUUAUAUUAUUCGAGAUCUUUUUCUUUGGGCUAUCGCUAUGAAUUAUAUGGAACUUGCUAAAGUAUUUCUUGCUCAUAUGAAAGAUCGUAUAUGUGGAGCUUUAAUAGCAACUGAAAUUCUUUCACAUUUACGUGAUAAAUCAUCCGAUGCUGUUUAUGGUGAUAUUAAAGUUGAUCUUACACGUUGGAUUAAAUAUUUUGAACAAUAUGCACUUAAUUGUAUGGAUUUAUGUUUUAAAAAUGAUCCAAAUAUGGCACAAAUAUUAACUGUACAACGUGUAGAAGCGUUUGGUGAUGUAACUUGUUUACAGGUAGCUGAUGAUGCAAAUAGUAAACGAUUUGCUUCACAUCCUUGUUGUAGACAAGCAGAGAAUAGUAUUUGGUAUGAUAAAUUACAUUCUGAUCAAUUUCAUAUACGUUAUUAUAUCGGACAAGUAAUUGGGAUAUGGACAUUAGGUUUACUUGCACCAUUUACAGCGCGGUUUCGGUCUGUAAAUCAAAACCCACUGCCAACUGAACCAACUUUACAACCAUAUGGUAUUAAUUAUUGUGAUUCAUAUGCUAUUAAUCAUUUUGAUAACAAUAUUACUAAAAAAUUGUAUCAAAUCUGGCAAUUUCAUCAAUCUUUACAUAUUAAAUUUACCUAUCAUCAUAUUCAAUAUACAGUUUUUUUAUUUUUAUUCAGUUAUGUUUUAUUAUUUAGUUUUGAACCAAUUUAUGAUGAUAAAUCAAGCAUUCAUCUAGCAGAAAUUUAUGUUAUUUUAAGCGUUACAUGCAUGCUUAUCGAAGAAAUUCGUAUUUUUUUUAGCCAAGAUAGUCUUUCAUUGAUGGGCAAAUGUUAUAAUUAUUUUGGUUAUUUUUUCAAACAAUUAUGUUUAAUUUCAUUUCUUUUAUUUUAUAUUGGUUUAAUCUUACGAUUUAAAGCUAAUGGUUAUUCUGAAACUUUUCAAGCAGCUAGAGUUUUUUUGGGUUAUGAUUUAUGGUUAUGGUGGAUGAGAUCUCUUUCAUUCAUUACAGUUAGUCCAUUUCUUGGACCUCAUUUAGUAUCAAUUGGAAAAAUGUUAAAAAAUUUAGCAUUUUUUGCUAUAUUUAUCGCUGUUAUGAUGACUGCAUAUGGUGUAGCUUCACGAUCGAUGGCUUUUUAUGGUACAUUCCCAUUUACUGGUCGAGAAAUAUUUAAAUCCAUUCUAUAUCCUGUUUAUUAUCUGCUCUAUACAAAUUUAUCGGGUGAAUUAAGUGGAUUAGAUGAAUCGACCUAUGAUACUACAAGUAUUGCUACGCAUGUAUUACUUGCUUUUCAUAUGCUUUUAAUUAAUGUUCUACUUGUUAAUUUAUUAAUUGCAAUGUUCAAUCAAAGUUUUCAAGAUGUUCAAUCGAUUCAAACUGAUAUUUGGAAUUAUCAACAAUAUGCUGUUGUUAGAGAAUAUUAUGAUCGACCACCGUUAUUCCUUCCAUUCAGUACAAUAUUUGAUAUUAUUGCUCUGAUUAAAAUGUUUUAUCAUUGGUAUCUUCGAGUACGUUAUAAUUAUGCUAAUCCAUUACAACGUGUAUUUAAAGUGAUUGCUGUUCAACCAGAACUUGAACUUGUUUGGCAAGAAUUUGAAAGUGCAUCAACAUAUGCUUAUGCACAACGUGAAGCAUUGACUAAAAUCGAUAGAGGAACCGUGGAAAAUGAUUCUGUUUCACGAGAAUCCGGAGGUACAAGUGGAGAUUCAUCAGGAAGUAAUAAUCGAAAAGAAAAUGAUGCAAUUACGCAACUACGCAAUGAAUUUAAAAUAGCAAUUAGAGAUAUUCGAAAUGAUAUACGUCUUAUCGCGAAACAAAAAUGA